UCGCGUUAUAAACGUCGAAGUGAUCGGACUCAUUCACAAGUACCUACUCGGCGGCAGACGGACUACUCGCAUUUCAAACACCGUAUCGGCACACGUGUGACGAUAAAUAAAUAAAUCAAUUUUCGCUAAAGUUGCAAAGUUUUUAACGCGCGUUAUUCUGUGCUGAGGCCUUUCGUUGCGUUCGAAAACACUCAAUGUUGUGCGCCUGAUUAUUAUUAAGUGAAAAAAAAGUUAGAACUCGAGUUCUCGCAUAUUUGACGGAUUUUAAUAUUUCGGCUUUGGCUUUGGAUUUGGCUUUGGCCUAUUAGCACGAUUUCAGCAAUAUUCGCAGGGAUUUCUGAGAAUUUAUCUAAUAGAGAACGCGUUUAAAAUGAGGAGUUCUACAGGCAUGCUUAGUAUACUGCGAUAUACGAAAUCAUUAAUAUUUGUGACAUUAAUAACAGCAGUUUUACUCACACAAACAAGCGCAGAUGAACAAUUCACGCGAAGUGCAAACAGUAGCGCGUUAACUGUAUCCACCCAUGAUCUCACAAUUAUAGUGAAACAUACGAAAACAUUCGAUGUUUUAUUGAGUGAACCUUUAGAACAAGACGUUUUUGUCAGAUUGAUCAAACAACAUGAGACGCUAGUCGAAUUGGAGCCAAACUAUUUCACAAUCAGCGCAACGUCGCCACAAAAUAAAACAAUUAGCGUGCUGGGUGUACAACCUGGACAUUUAGAAGUUACCGCCACAAGUGUGCCGGACGAGUCAUGGAUUGUUCACGAUUUAUUUGUGCGAAUUACUGUUGCCAACUCGGAGCCGAUAAUUUACACAUCCAUUAUGUUCGGUUGGAUUUAUUUCGUGGCCUGGUCCAUUUCAUUCUAUCCGCAGAUUAUCAUUAAUUUCAAGCGCAAAUCUGUAGUCGGUCUCAAUUUCGACUUUAUCUCACUCAACAUUGUUGGUUUUACGCUAUAUAGUAUUUUCAACUGCGGCCUCUAUUGGAUCCCGGCCAUACAGGAUGAGUAUGCAAGCCGACAUCCACGAGGUCUCAAUCCAGUUUUAUUGAAUGACGUUGUAUUCGGUUUGCAUGCGAUGUUUGCGACCGGUAUCACAAUCGUGCAGUGUUUUCUAUAUGAGCGCGCAGAUCAGAGAGUCUCAAGAAUCGCUUCAUGCAUCUUAGCUGCGAUCGCCAUAAUUGUUGUGGUUACAUUAAUUCUAGCCGCCGUUGGUGUUAUUUACUGGCUGGAUUUCCUUUACUAUUGCAGUUAUAUCAAAUUAGCGAUGAUCAUCAAAUAUGUGCCGCAGGCGCUGAUGAACUAUCGCCGCAAGAGCACUAUUGGCUGGAGUAUUGGUAAUAUUCUAUUGGAUUUUACUGGCGGCAUGCUUAGCAUGUUGCAGAUGAUCUUGAACGCAUACAAUUAUGACGAUUGGGUGUCAAUUUUUGGUUCUGUGACGAAAUUCGGCAUAGGCCUGUUCUCGGUGCUCUUCGAUGUGUUGUUUAUUCUGCAACACUAUGUAUUUUACAGGCACUCGCAGCAGCUAUCCAUCUCUAGCAUAACUAAUGCCACAGAAGUGGUGACAGACAAAGAUGAUGAACAGCGCUAUUAGUUUUAUGUAUUUCUGUUUUAUUAUUUUUUAGUUUUCUGUUUUUUAUUAUGUAUUUAUUUCGUUAACGCCUGUUAAGCACUCAUAUGUGUAUAUGUGUAUUUGCAAAUACUUUUGUUGUACUUAAAAUGUAUAUAUGUAUGUAAGUAUUAUGUUUAUUUAAAUUAAUAAGAAUAAAAGUACAAUCAAAUACUUUAAAGUUUGUAAA